AUGACUGAAAAUUAUGCUUUACAGACCGGUGAAGAUGUUCAAGUUGAAAUCACGGCUCUCUGGAAAAUAAUAAAUAAAUGCGAAAGAGGCAUGAAUGUUGCUCGAAGAAAUACAAAUACAAAGGUAUUAGAUGCUUGUAUUGAAUUGAUUACAUUCAUAAGAAGCGGGUUACAAGCAUCUACAAACGAAAAAAUCGAAGAAAUGAAAAAAUUGAUGAAGCAGGUUCCGAAAGAAAAAACAAAACGUGUCGAAUUUGUACAGAAAUAUAAGAAAAAAUUAAAAAAUGGCGAAAUGGAAAUGGAAGAACUUCAAAAGAAGGUUGAAGAAUUAAAUGAAAUGCUGAAAAUAGUGGGUAAAUUUGUUAAGAAAGAAAAAGAUGCAAUUGAUCGUUGUGAAGAUGCUGUAAAAAGUUUUAACGCGUCGCAUGGUGAUGAAUUUGAACAACGUCUUGACGAUGUUGAUACAACAAAUCACCAAGAAACAAACUCUGAAGAAUGGACAGUCUAA